GCAAAUAUAAAAGGCAAGCCAUGUGACGGAGGGACAGAAGAACAAAAGCAUUUGGAAGUAACAGGACCUCCUUUAGCUCUCCGAAGGGUUCAAGGGAAGGAGGGAGUGGUGCAUUUUCCAAAGGCUUUCCGACGGAGCGGACAGCGUGGCUGUGGAUGGGGCAGGUUUAACACGCUCUUGAUCGGCUCUGAGCCGGGAGGAAAGCCCGUGCUGGCUCCGCUGCGGUGCCCGGCUGCGCUCGGAGCUGCCAGCGGAGGAUGCUGCACGACCCCGGACCGCCCGCCGAAGGAAGAGGGAGGCUCUCCUGCCUUCCCCGCUGAUCAUUUCCCUGUGUGUCAGCGCCAGAGGCACCAGCAUGACUGUUCUCUGCUUCUCUGCAAGGAGAAUUUCUCAGCUGUGAGCCCGGGGACCAAGUGUCAGUGCAGCGUAAGGAGCGGACCCUGCCCCGGGACAGCAGCUGAGAACAGAGCCCGGCUCCUGCUGGGAUCCAGAUGCUGCCCUUCAAUUAGCAGAGAGGAGACUGACACGGAGCAAGUGCUGCCUGACAACUGUGCAGGAGAUUCUUCGAUGGAUUACAAGUUCAUCAGACUCCAGCUUGAGAAGAAGAAUGACAGCCCAGACACAUAAACCAGACUUUUCACCAUCCUGGAAAGGAACUGGCUUCCAGAAUUUGGAAGGUUUUUGAUGCUCUACCUCCCUCUGCUGUUACCAGCGAGAAGUUCCUCGACGAUGGGAAAUCAUGUACUCGCAGCUUCGAUUUCCAUGCUGUCGCUGCUGGUGAUGGUGGGAGACACGGACAGUAAAACAGACGGGUCCUUCCUGAUGGACUCGGACCCCAGCCGCUGCAUGAGGCACCACUACGUGGAUUCCAUCAGCCACCCCCUGUACAAGUGCAGCUCCAAGAUGGUGCUGCUGGCUCGCUGCGAAGGCCGCUGCAGCCAGAGCUCGCGCUCGGAGCCCCUGGUUUCCUUCAGCGCCGUCCUCAAGCAGCCCUUCCGCUCCAGCUGCCACUGCUGCCGCCCCCAGACCUCCAAGCUGAAGGCCAUGAGGCUGCGCUGCUCGGGGGGCAUGCGGCUCACAGCCACCUACCGCUACAUCCUCUCCUGCCACUGCGAGGAGUGCAGCUCCUAGGGCCCGGCACAGGGACAGCGGGGCUCUGCUGUGGGGGGACCAUCCAGGAGUGGAGUGCUGAUGUGAGGGAAACCAUCCAGGAGUGGAGUGCUGAUGUGGGGGAACCAUCCAGGAGUGGAGUGCUGAUGUGGGGGGAACCAUCCAGGAGUGGAGUGCUGCUGUGAGGAAAAUCAUCCAAGAGUGGAGUGAAGAUCCUAGGCCAUGGCAGUGAGGACAAUGGGUGCUGCUGUGGGGGAACCAUCCAAGAGUGGAGUGCUUCUGUGGGGGAACCAUCCAGGAGUGGAGUGCUGAUGUGAGGGAAACCAUCCAAGAAUGGAGUGCAGCUCCUAGGCCAUGGCAGUGAGGACAAUGGGGUGCUGCUGUGGGGGAAGACUCCCAAGAAACCAUCCCGUCAGGCCGGCGCUCCCAGCACAGGACGGGACCAACUGGCUUGAAUCUGAGAGCAGAAGCACAAAAUAUCCUGGGUUGUUGGAUGGUGCUGCAGUGUGGGCUGUGACAAAGGCAAAAGUGUGAGGACUUGUUUUUAAGAAGCCUUUCUUUUUUUCUGAAAGGAUAUUUUUGAGAGUUUCUUCUUUUUCAGACUCAGCUCUGACUACGGAGAGGUGCUUUUACAAUAGGCCAUGGGCAGCAGGGGAACAGAGAAGAAGGUCAGCCAGAUGACAGCACUGCAACCUGGAAAAUGACAUUUGGACAGAGGAUGGGCAUCAGUUCCCACAGACAACCUCUUAACCUAUGAAUUUAUUCUUAGUUUUCUAGUUAUACUGGCCUUCAAAGCAAACUGUGCUGUUGGCAAGGGUCAUCUGUUACUGACCUAGUAUCCAAAUGCUGGAUAACUUAAAAUGUGGUUUAGCAGAAAUUACAAAUAAACCAUUGAAAAGUGAA